GCGCACAUGCCAUUCUCGUAAACAAACCUCACGAAACGUGUGAACAGAAUAAGUUUUGGAGUGAAAUUUAAUGAAAAAUCCCGUUAAAAUGCCGGCGGUUGCCAAAAAAAGUAAGGCGAAGCCAGGCAAAGCAGAAGGUGCAGCUAAAAAGCCUUUGAUUCUAUCGAACAGGAGCAACAAGCGGACCCCGAAGAAACAGACCGGUGAGCGCAACGAGAAGGGAAUCAUCUACGUAAAACACCUUCCACAUGGGUUCUUCGAGAACCAGUUGAGGACGUUCUUCUCCCAGUUCGGCAAUGUGACGCGUGUUCAUGUGGCCCGGUCGAAGCGAACGCUCCGCAGCCGGGGAUACGCUUAUGUGGAAUUCACCUACCGGGAAGUGGCCCAGAUUGCCGCCGAAACGAUGAACAACUAUCUGAUGUUUGGGAAGUUGUUGAAAACCGGUCUGUUGCCCGCUGGUGCCAAGCGGAUUCCCAGGAAGUAUGAGAAGGCUUACGAUGCGAAUGGAAAGGAAACGACCACGUACAAUCUGUGGCUGAAGAAGCAGGUCGCGAAGAGCAACGCCCGGGUCACCAAAACAAAAGUGGUCAAUCGCAAUCUGAGGGCACUGGGGAAACUGAAGAAGCUGAAGGAGAAGUACGCCAAAAUGGGAGUUGAUUACAAUGUAGAUGAAGUUGCUCCGAAGUUUGGCGAGGGCGACCUUAAGAUGCCAGAGCACGACGAAGAGGAAGAAAAACUUCGUGCAGUCAAGGACCGGAAAAAGUCGAAGCAGCUGCAAAAGUUGGAUCAAAGCGCCUUAAGUGCAGAGGCGGAAGAGCCAAGCGAAGAUUCUUCCGACGACGACGAAGAAGCAGGUUUUGUUUCGUUGGAAUCGGCCGAUUGGGAUGUUCCGAUGUCUGAUGAAGACGAGAGCGACGAUGAGGAAGUGGAUGAGGACGAUCAGGAGAACCAACCGAGCAAGACACAGACCAAGUCGGCCGCCGUUGAAGUUGCCAAGAAAACAAAAAUUCGCAUCGACAAAGAAAAAUCAAAAACCGUGAAACCGUUCCGGCCAUUGGUCCUGAGACCCCCCAGUUCGACAGAUUCUUCUCCAGAAAAACCGAUGUCGAAGAAAAAAGCCACAAAGGUUCCAAGCGCAUCCGUCACAGAAUCGGAAUCAAGCCCGGAAAAGACGAGUAAAGGUUCCAAAGGUAAAAAAGUUCCAGCAAAAGGUAAAAAAGUCACGAGUGGAGGAAUAACGAAGAAAACGACGGGCAAAAAGGGAAAACCGAAGGAACAGAAGAAAGCCACCAGCCCCGUCAAAAAUGCCGCGAAGGCACUGCUGAAAGAUCCCAGCGUGAAGAAGACCCAAGCGAAGGAUAUCAAUAAGAAAAAGACAAAGAAGAAGUAGCCGUAAGUUUAAUAAAUAACAUUAUUUUUUUGUUCUUAAAGAAUACGAAAAGUACUAUUUAAA